GGUCAGCUUGGUUUUCCUGUUGCGCGCACGUGACCUCACUUAUUCCACCCUCUGUACACACACACACACACACACUCACGGUGUCGCUCUAGUGGUUUAAAAAACACACAACAAUAACACCGAGGUGGCGUUUUCUUCCUUCGCGCAUGCAAUGACGCGGUUGUGUUGAAACCGAGGCGUUAUAGCGCGUCUCUCUCCCCUCCGGUCCCUGUACACCGAGGCUGCGGUCGCACCGGAGGCUCGUUGCGCCAUGGCGGCCGCGCCGCUGACGAAGCGCUCGGGGACGGAACACGCACGGAGGCGCGCGGACCCCCGCAGGAGGCAGGCGGCGCUUUCGUUCCUCAGCAACAUUUCUCUGGAUGGGCGGCCCGUGCGCGGCGACGCGGACGCUCCCGGGGAGGAGGACGGCUCCCUAGAGGCGAGGACGACACGCAGCACGGUCACGGCUGCCGAGGAAGAAGAAGAAGAGGAGGAGGAGGAGGAAGAGGACGAGGAAGGCGAGGAGGAUGACGAGGCCCAGGUUCCGAGCAGGCGCGCGAGCUUCGCCAUCGGCGCGAGCCCUCCCGCGGACGCGCAGCUCUACCACGCGCAGGUCUUCGGCUCGCCGUUCGCUGCAGCGCGCGGCCGCCUGCACACGUUCACUCAGGGACUUCCGCCCGCCGCGUGCUGCAGGCAGCAGAGCUCGUGCUGCCCGGAGGGAGGAGGAGGAGGAGGAGGAGGACACAUCAGCACCUCCGCUUUCGAGCUGCACAAGUCCAGGCGGAGGCUGAUCUCCCAGCGUUCCUCACUGGAGACUCUGGAGGACAUUGAGGAGAAUGCUCCUCUUCGCAGAUGCAGAACCUUAUCCGGUUCACCUCGACCAAAGAGCUUCAAGAAGGUCCACUUCAUCAAGAACAUGAGGCAACACGACAUCCACAACGGAAGGAUAGUCCUUAUCAGUGGCAGAAGAUCCUUCUAUAGUGUAUUUUCUGUCCUGCCCUAUCGAGAUUGUAGCCAAACAGGGGACGGUGUGAAAAUGGAGAGCGGGCGUCAGCGUCACCCGUCCGGCGGAGUCAGUGCCAAGGAGAUGGUGAUCGGGCUGGAAGGCGUGGAGCUGGGCGCCGACGGCAAGACGGUGUCCUACAUGCAGUUCCUCUACCCCACCAACGUCCUCGGCCGCCGCAACACCAUCGACUCCACGUCGUCCUUCUCACAGUCUCGUAACGCCAGCCAUCGCAGCCUCAUCCUGGCACGAGCCAACAGCCACCAGAGCAGCCUGGACACGGGGAACGAAGCGGGAGAUUUCAGGGAGUACGACCCCAACCUUCUGGACGACCCGCAGUGGCCAUGUGGAAAACAUAAACGCGUGCUCAUAUUCUCUUCCUACAUGACCACGGUCAUCGAGUACGUCAAGCCCUCGGACCUGAAGAAGGACAUGAACGAGACUUUUAAGGAGAAGUUCCCUCACAUUCGCCUGACGCUGAGCAAGAUCAGGAGUCUGAAGCGAGAGAUCCGUAAGCUGGCGCAGGACGAGUGCGGGUUCGAGGAGCCCACUGUAGCCAUGGCCUUCGUCUAUUUCGAGAAGCUGGUCCUUCAGGGCAAACUCAACAAGCAGAACCGCAAACUCUGCGCCGGAGCAUGCGUCCUCCUGGCAGCCAAGAUCGGGGGAGACCUCAAGAAGCACGAGGUCAAGCUCCUGAUCGACAAACUGGAGGAGAGGUUUCGGGUGAACCGGCGCGAGCUCAUCGCAUUCGAGUUCCCCGUGCUCGUGGCUCUGGAGUUCAACCUUCACCUGCCUGAGCACGAGGUCAUGCCUCACUACAGACGCCUCCUGCAGACCUCCUAGCAGCAGCUCCACCCACUGCAGGAGACACGCCUCCAUCUCGCUCUAUAUCUAUAUCUCUCUCUCCACCUGUGUCUUACACACACACACACACACACACACACUAUCCAUCUCUCUCCCUCACUUGCUGUCUCUCACAUACUGUCUCUCUCACCUCACACACUCUCUCUCUCUCUCUGUCUCACACACACUCACCUCACAGUGUCUCUCUCUCUCUCUCUCUCUGUCUCACACACACUCACCUCACAGUGUCUCUCUCUCUCUCUCUCUCUCUCUCUCUCUCUCUCACACACACUCACCUCACACAGUCUCUCUCUCUCUCUCUCACACAGUCUCUCUCUCUCCCUUACUCGCUCUCACAUAGUCUAUCUCUCUCUAUAUCUCUCUUUUUCUCAUCUCACAGUCUCUCUCACACACACACAGUCUGUCUCUCUUUCUGUCUCACACAGUGUCUCAUGCUCUCUCACACACAAACUCUCUCUAUUUCUCACCUCACACACAGUUUGUCUCUCUCUCCAUCUCUCUCCCCCCCACCCCCUCCCCACAGAAGCUCUAUGCACCUAACUUUUAUCCUGAUUUUUUUUUUUUCCUCGAAGGAAGGAAGAAAGAAGAAGAAAAAAAAAAAGACCUUUCAGCCAAAGUUUCUGGGAAUCCGAUUGCCUGCUCACUUUUUUUUAUAUAGACUUUCAAAAGCCUGUCUUCUUCUGGAGUGGAGGAUGUUUUUAGCUCAUCCUUUUCAUCGUGGAAUCUUUCCUUUUCUCUGCAUUCACUUCUUUGCCUAAAUCCCAAAGGGAAGCUGUUGCAUGUCGCAUUGUUUAUAGCCUUAAAAAUCAACCCUGCGAACGGACCGAACUCCUCACCAUGACGACGACUGUUUCUCAGACGGACUUCGAUCGUACCUUUUACAAAAAAAGUGCACUUUUUCGGGGCGGGGGGUGGGGGAUUAAUAUGGGUCAGGGAGGGUGGAGGUCAAGGACGUCAUUUCAUCGUCACGUGCAUCACUAAUUCAUUCUAAGCUGCACUCUGUGACGCCGCAUUAAACCUAAGCCGACGUGUGUGUGUGUGUGUGUGUGUGUGAUGCUUUGGUUAUUUGAGCAUCGACACACUCCUGGGUUUUUUUUUGUUUGUUUUUUUUCUUGGGUGGGAGAUGUGUGUGUUUUUUGUUUUGAACGUGGUGGUGGUGUGACGAGCUGCCACUGCGGUCAGUGUCCCUGUGCUCUAUGUUAGAGUGGACUCUCGGCACGUUUCUAGUGCUACGCUGGAGGAGAGGACGGAGAGACGGAUACGGAAGGUCACGGUGCGGAAAAACAACGCUAACGACGACGACAGCGUCAAGACGUAGAAGCCCGCGAGUGUGUUUUCUACAUAACUUCAGCACUCGCUGUACGAAAGACCCGCGCAGUAUUAACACGCGCUCCGUGUUUUAAUAGCUAACUUGCACUGGACUGGAAAAUUUGUCAAGUCUUUUACUCGCUCUUUUGAAGCUGAUGCUAAAAAAAAACCAUGUAGAUUUCUGAUGGGUUUUUUUUCCUGUCACAGUGUGAUUCCAGUGUUGAUUGAACACGUUUCAGACUUUUUGUUUCUUCAUGAAUCAGGUACCGUAUUUUCUGGAGUAUGAGAGACAGAACAUUUUCAAGAACAUUUAAACAUUUUUAGUUUCAGAACAAAAAUCUACAAAUAAUUUCCUCAACCCCUCGUCAUCCAAGAUGUUCAUGUCUUUCCUUCUUCAGUCGUUAAGAAAUUGAGGAAAACUUUUCAGGAUUUUUCUCCAUAUAGUGGACUUCAAUGGCGCCCGCGAGUUUGACCUUCCAAAAUGUAGCUUUAAAGAGCUGCAACUGAUCCCAGCCCGGGAAGAAGGCUCAUAUCUAACCAAACAAUCGGCCAUUUUCUUAGAAAAAAAAAAAAAAAAAAAAUUGUAUACUUUUUAACCACAAAAGCUCGUCUAGUGCUAGCUCUGGGAUGCGCAUCCUUGACACUACGUAUUCACGUCAUAAGGUCACGCGUGACAUAGGCGGAGCUACAGACUCCUUUAAGGAAUGUACGUAAGGUUACAUCACCCUAACAAUCUUCUCUCUAGAACUUCCUGUUUUUCACGACGGCAAAUAUUAACGCAAAAUCAAGCAGACUCGAUGCAUUCAGCAAAGUUUGCGAUUUUUCUAAAUUUCACAGGUGCAGGUUUGGGGAGUGAUGUGUCUUGUGACAUCAUUACACGCGCUCUUGUGAUAACGCGCUCCUGUGACAUCACAACCUGCACUCUUGUGACGUCACAACACUCACUCUUGACAACCCUCGCUCUUGUGACGUCACAACCCUCGCUCUUUUGACAACACGCGCUCUUCUGACAACACGCGCUCCUGUGACAUUACAACCCGCGCUCUUCUGACAACACGCGCUCCUGCGACAUUACAACACACGCUCCUGUGACAUCACAACACGCGUUCAGCUGAAAACCUUCUUCUUUUACAGAUGUGGUUCACUGCUAGGAGUUUUUAAAGACGACUUAAGCAGUUUUAGCAAAUAAAGAAAGAGAAAUGAAGCAUUUUUGGUCUCAAAACAGUCCCCAAAAAAUCUUUAGGAUUGAUUAAUGUUUUCCGUAACCUUAGGAGUCUUCUUGACCAGCGUCACUUUUGCACAGAUUACAGACGUUAUUUAUUUAUUUUUCUUUUAAUGGAUUAAAACAUCCAGUUCUUGAGAUUCUCCUCAGGAGCUGCGUGUCAUCAGUUACUCCAACACUAACCGGACAAAAUCUAAACACAACCAGAGAGCAGAAUACAGUUUACAUCUGUAUUAUAACUAUAAGCAAACAAACAAAGUCUUGUUUUCUUUUUCUCUUCUUUUUGACAUCUUAUAUUCCAGGAAAUACGGUACAUUAAACCGUAGCAUUAAAUUCCCAACGUUAACUAAAAUGUUUGACGAGAGCUUUUAAAAAAAUCUGUUUUUUCUUUCCAGAAUAAAAUGAGAAUGUUUGUAGUUUUAAAAAAAAUAAAAAUAAAA